UAGUUAGAGUAAUAAAACUUGGACAAUUUGGAUUAGGACAAUACAAGACAAUAAAGAUUUAUGGACAGUCCAGGUACCUUUUCCUGGGCAAAAUAAGCCCGAAAAAGGACCCACGUUAACAGAGGAUUAACCCUUUAAAGCAACAGCCUGUUCAUGUUCACACAGCUCAUCCAUGGUGCACAAAUUCCAUUCCAACACAGGAUUCUGUCUGGGCAGUGUCAGCUUCUUCCUCUGAAUCCUGGCCUGAGGCAGGAAGAAGUUCGUUUCUUCUGAUAAAAGAAUAAUAAAUUAUUUUUUUCGGAAAGAUUUAGGUGUCCUGCGGCUGCUGUCUGGUGCAAGUACCUCAUUCCUCUCUUUAAAAAAAUAUCUUACAGAGCACAGUUUCUAUUUUAACAUUACGUCAUAACCUAAAACUAUAUUUAACACGCUACUUAAAUUAAUACAGCAUAACUUUCUAACAUAACACAUAUCUGCGAAAAGCCAAUCAUAAAACACGCAUUUUUCACAGAAACCACUUGAAUAUUUGCGAAAAGCCAAUAUUAUAACACGUAUCUGUAACACGAGUGAACGGCUGGAGCUGCGUCAGCGAGGAUUAUGUCGGAUUAUCAGUAAAUAUUCUUCCCCCAGAGGGUGAUGGCACUGCCAGAGCUCCAGAAGCGUUUGGAAAAUGCUCUCAGGGUGGGGUUUUUGGGGUGCCAGUGCAGGACUAGGGAUAAAAAAAAUGAAAUUAAUAAUCUUUGUAAUUCCCUCACAGCCCAGAACAUUCCACAAGCCCCGUCCCCUCAUAGACGGGGCAGGAACUGCGCAUGCGCGGCCGGCUGAGGGCAAGCCGCGCUCCCUGCGUUUGCGCACGGCCCUUCGGCUGAGCCCGCUGAGGGCAAGCCCCGCCCCCUGCGUUUGCGCACGGCCCCUCGGCAGAGCCCUCUGAGGGCGAGGGCGGGAAAAGGCGCCCUGAGGGUGAGGGCGGGCGUUUCUUUCAAUUCCCUCGCUUCAUCUCCAUCUCCCUUCUCUUUCCUCACAUUCUCCUGCAGUUUUCCCUCGAUCAUCUCACACCUCACCUCCGGGUUUUGUUGCCCGCUGCCCCGCGCUGCUGUGCGGUGUUGUGUCUUCGCGCUUUCAUCCUCCGCCUGCCUCAGUUUCCCUUGAGGAAGCAGCCUCAGGGGAGGCCUGUGCUGCUGUGAAAAUCAAGAAUCUGAUACUGGGGAUGAUUAGAGGAGCCAUCCUGCUCCGUUUCCUGAAAAAUACAGGCACGGGAGUCUCUGCAGAAUGGCAACUGCUCAGAAGCAAAAGAAUUCUGUGAGUGCAGUUGUAUUUCCCAAGAAAAUAGCCACGGAGCAGCAAUCCCUGAUGCUGGUGAAGAGGCUCCUGGCAGUGGCAGUGUCCUGCAUCACUUACCUGAGGGGAAUCUUCCCUGAAAGUGCCUAUGGAACCAGAUACAUGGAUGAUGUUUGUGUCAAAAUUCUGCGGGAAGACAAAAACUCUCCUGGCUCUACCCAGCUGGUGAAGUGGAUGUUAGGAUGCUAUGAUGCCUUGCAGAAGAAAUACCUGAGACAGAUUGUCCUGGCAGUUUAUACCCAGACAGAAGAUCCUCAGACAGUCACAGAGUGUUACCACUUCAAGUUCAAGUACACCCACAAUGGGCCACUCCUGGAUUUUGGCAGCAAGGACAGGAAGUCAGAGAGCCCCAUCAGCUGUGCAGACACCAAGAAGGCCAGCAUCCUCCUGAUCCGCAAGAUCUACGUCCUGAUGCAGAACCUCAGCCCCCUGCCCAGCGACGUCUGCCUCACCAUGAAACUCCUCUACUACGAUGAGGUCACACCCCCUGAUUACCAGCCCCCAGGUUUCAAGGAGGCCAGGGACGAGGGGCUGCUCUUCAAGGAGGAGCCCAUGUACCUGAAUGUGGGGGAAGUGCCAACACCUUUCCAUCUGCUGAAGCUGAAAAUCACCACUGAGAAGCAGCGCAUGGAGAAUGUUGACAAGAGCAUCCUAAAGCAGGGAGAGACUGCUGAGCCUCUCCAGCUGUGUGGGGAGAGCAGAGAUGGCCCAGAGGAGAGCCAGGACAUGAAUGAGGAUCCUGUCUUGGGUAAUGAAGUGCAAGAUAAGAAUCAUGUGAAUAUUUCAGAAGCUCAAGGAAAGAACUCAGCUCCUGAAGGGGAAGCUGGAGGGAUCCAGACUCCCCCCCGUGUUUCUAACACUCAGGUUGAUCACUUGACUCGUAAAACAUCUGAGCUGAUUGUGUCAGAGAGCAGGACAAGAAGUGGAAAGAUAUUCCAGAGCUGCAUUGUGCACCAGGCUGAGCUCUCCUCCAGCCAGGAGGUGCUGCCCAAGAGGAGGAAGCUCAGCGAGCCCAAGGAGCAGUUCUAGUUGCCCAAAAGAAGAAGCCCAGCCAGCCCCAGGAGCAGUUUUAGUUGCCCAGAAGAAGCUCAGUGAGCCCCAGGAGCAGUUUUAGUUGCCCAGAAGAAUCUCAACCAGCCCCAGGAGCAGUUUUAGUUGCCAAAAGAAGCCCAGCCAGCCCAAGGAAUCCUUCUAGUUGCCCAAAAUGAGCUCAACAAGCCCAAGGAGCAGUUUAGUUGCCCAAAAGGAGGAAGCUCAACAGGAACAAGGAAUCCUUCUAGUUGCCAAGAAGAAGGAAGCUCAGCAUGCCCAAGGAGAAGUUUUAGUUGCAGUUCAACAAGCCCAAGGAACGGUUUUAUUUGCCCAAAAGGAUUAAUCUCAACAAGCCCAAG